GAACUCCGAGCCCUGCCCACUCCCCCUGCGCAGUGGCCGCACGUCCGGCGUAGUGUGCGGCGGCUCCCGCCAGGGAAAUGGAACAGGGGGCAGCGCUACAGCUGGUCCCCGCCUCCUCUGCCCGCUCCGCCCCGUUCCCUCCCCGGAGCCCACCCGAGCCCGGGGCGCGGCCGGCCUUAGUCCCAGCCAGCUCCUGAUCCGGACGGUGAGCGGCAGCGCCCUCCCUCCCGCCAGCUGCUGUCGCGCCCGAUCCGGGACCCUAGUCCCCGGAUCCCCGUGCGGAGAGCCACCUGCGCCAAAGUCCUGCCAACUUGGACAGCCUUUCCAAACCGGUUGUUUUGAGCCAGUGAUGAGCUAACCUGCGAAGUACCCUCCCCCUCCCCAGCUUCCAGGUCAGCAAUGAAAAGCGGGAUCCCGGGUGGAGGCCCUGAAUCCUGAUUGCCUGUCUGCCUGCAAGACACGUGUGGUCAAAGAUGAAUUUGAGAAAAGUAGCUGCUGGCUACUUCAACAAUGGAGGAGCACAGCCAUCAUGAGAUGGAAGGCAUCCCAUCAUCAGGUUGUCACUCCUACAUUAAACUGCUGAAGAUCAACAGGGAACAUCUGGUCACCAACAUUCGGAACACUCAGUGUCUGGUGGACAACUUGCUGGAGAAUGGCUACUUCUCAGCAGAAGAUGCAGAGAUUGUGUGUGCCUGUCCCACCAAGCCUGACAAGGUCCGAAAGAUUCUUGACCUGGUACAGAGCAAAGGUGAGGAGGUGUCUGAGUUCUUCCUCUACGUGCUACAGCAGCUGGAGGAUGCUUAUGUGGACCUCAGGCUGUGGCUAUCAGAGAUUGGCUUCUCCCCUUCCCAGCUCAUUCGGACCAAAACUAUAGUCAAUACAGACCCAGUAAGCAGAUAUACCCAGCAGCUGCGACACCAACUGGGCCGCGACUCCAAGUUCAUGCUGUGCUACGCCCAGAAGGAGGACCUGCUGCUGGAGGAGACCUACAUGGACACACUCAUGGAGCUGGUAGGCUUCAACAAUGAAAACCUGGGCAGCCUAGGAGGCCUGGAUUGCCUGCUGGACCACAGCACGGGCGUCCUCAACGAGCACGGCGAGACUGUCUUCGUGUUCGGGGACGCGGGAGUGGGCAAGUCCAUGCUGCUGCAGAGGUUGCAGAGCCUCUGGGCGUCUGGCAGGUUGACCUCGACAGCCAAAUUCUUCUUCCACUUCCGCUGCCGCAUGUUCAGCUGCUUCAAGGAGAGCGACUCGCUGAGUCUGCAGGACUUACUCUUUAAGCAUUUCUGCUACCCGGAGCAGGACCCGGAGGAGGUGUUCUCCUUCUUGCUGCGCUUUCCCCACACAGCGCUCUUCACUUUCGACGGCCUGGAUGAGCUGCACUCAGACUUCGACCUGAGCAGCGUGCCAGACAGCUGCUGCCCCUGGGAGCCGGCCCACCCUCUGGUCCUGCUAGCUAACCUCCUAAGCGGGAGGCUGCUCAAGGGUGCGGGCAAAUUGCUCACGGCUCGCACAGGCGUGGAGAUCCCCCGCCAGCUCCUGCGUAAAAAGGUGAUGCUCCGGGGCUUCUCCCCGGGCCACCUGCGCGCCUAUGCCCGCCGGAUGUUUCCCGAGCGCACGGCGCAGGAGCAUCUGCUGCAGCAAUUGGAUGCCAACCCCAACCUCUGCAGCCUGUGUGGGGUGCCGCUCUUCUGUUGGAUCAUCUUCCGUUGUUUCCAACACUUCCACACGGCCUUCGAGGGCUCCUCGCAGCUGCCAGACUGCGCUGUAACCCUGACCGAUGUCUUUCUGCUAGUCACUGAGGUGCAUCUGAACAGGACGCAGCCCAGCAGCCUGGUGCAGCGCAACACACGCAGCCCAGCGGAAACCCUACGUGCAGGCUGGCGCACGCUGCACGCGCUGGGCGAGGUGGCUCACCGAGGCACCGACAGGAGCCUCUUUGUGUUUGGCCAGGAGGAGGUGCAGGCGUCGAAGCUGCAGGAAGGAGAUCUGCAGCUGGGCUUCCUGCGGGCUUUGCCCGAUGUGGGCCCUGAGCAGGGACAGCAGUCUUACGAAUUUUUCCACCUUACGCUCCAGGCCUUCUUCACCGCCUUCUUCCUGGUAGCAGAUGACAAAGUGAGCACCCGGGAGUUGUUGAGGUUCUUUCGAGAAUGGACGUCUCCCGGGGAGGCAACAAGCUCGUUCUGUUAUCCUUCCUUCUUCUCCUUCCAGUGCCUGGGUGGCAGUAGCCGGUUGGGCCCUGAUCCUUUCAGGAACAAAGAUCACUUCCAGUUCACCAACCUCUUCCUGUGCGGGCUACUGGCCAAAGCCCGACAGAAACUCCUUCGGCAGCUGGUGCCCAAGGCUAUCCUAAGGAAGAAGCGGAAGGCCCUUUGGGCUCAUCUGUUUGCCAGCCUGCGCUCCUACUUGAAGAGCCUACCCCGGGUCCAGUCUGGAGGCUUUAACCAGGUGCAUGCCAUGCCCACAUUCUUGUGGAUGCUGCGCUGCAUCUAUGAAACACAGAGCCAGAAGGUGGGGCGCCUAGCCGCCAGAGGCAUCAGUGCGGACUACCUGAAGCUGGCCUUCUGCAACGCUUGCUCUGCGGACUGCAGCGCCCUGUCCUUCGUCCUGCAUCACUUUCACAAGCAGCUGGCCUUAGACCUGGACAAUAACAACCUCAAUGACUACGGAGUGCAGGAGCUGCAGCCUUGCUUUAGCCAUCUCACGGUUAUCAGACUCAGCGUCAACCAGAUCACCGACACCGGGGUGAAGGUGCUAUGUGAGGAACUGACCAAGUACAAGAUUGUGAAGUUCCUGGGUUUAUACAACAACCAGAUCACUGACAUUGGAGCCAGGUAUGUGGCCCAAAUCCUGGAUGAAUGCAGAGGCCUCACGCACCUUAAACUGGGGAAAAACAGAAUAACAAGUGAGGGCGGGAAGUGUGUGGCUCUGGCUGUGAAGAACAGCACCUCCAUCAUUGAUGUUGGGAUGUGGGGCAAUCAGAUUGGAGACGAAGGGGCAAAGGCCUUCGCCGAGGCACUGAGGGACCAUCCUAGCCUGACCACUCUCAGUCUGGCGUUCAAUGGCAUCACCCCAGAGGGAGGGAAGAGCCUUGCACAGGCCCUGAAGCAGAACACCAGGCUGACCAUAAUCUGGCUGACCAAAAAUGAACUUAAUGAUGAGGCCGCAGAGUGCUUCGCUGAGAUGCUGAAGGUGAACCGGACGCUGGAGCAUUUAUGGCUGAUCCAGAAUCAUAUCACAGCUAAGGGGACAGCCCAGCUGGCCAGGGCACUGCAGAAGAACACCACCAUAACAGAGAUUUGUCUCAAUGGAAACUUAAUUAAACCCGAGGAGGCCAAAGUCUUUGAAAAUGAGAAGCGGAUCAUCUGUUUCUGACGGACAUUCCCGGGCUGGAUCUUUGUCCUAGGUUGCUCCUCAGUCACAGACCGCAUUGUGCAGUCAGCAGGGUAGCAGGAUGCGGUGCAGGGCCUGCAGCAAGGUGCCUGUUGGGAACCCACACCUCCACAGUGCAGACCAACGUCCCAUGCAGAGGCUUGGACUGGCAUCACCCGAGCUGUGGCUGAGAUUCUGCGGAAGCAGAGUGUCUUAUGAACCAUUCAUUGUCCCCACUCAAACCCAGCAAGAUUUCCUUGCAUGUCUAUUAGCCUGAAGCUGAAGGAUCGAAAACAGCAGAGGAGGCCAACCUCAGUUCCCACAGAUGCCUGGCUGAAGGCUCCAUGGGACCAAUGAUGUCACCUUCAGGAAAGAGCUGGGAGCUUGAGCAGAGCCGAUGGCAGCUUCUUGGGGGAAGGAAGGCACCGGGUGACCACAUGAUUAUCCUAAGACCUCCUUCCCCUGCUCAGCACCUCCCACUAUACAGACCGGUUUCUUCCCCACAGCUAUGGCUGCUAGAGUAGGUCCACGGUGGGGAGGGCUCAUCUGAGGACCCACAGUGAGCUGAUUGUCGGAGGCUCAUCACAGACUUUGGUUAGGUUCUGGAUUCUCACCAGUGGCCACCAAGAGGCAGAGGAUGCCCUCUAAGUCAGUCUCAGAGGAUCUCUAGGCGGUGACAGGACUGAGGUCCCACCCAGAAUUUUUUUUACCAGUUUCUACUAUGCCUGCCCCAGAAAGGAGACUCAGUUCCCAACUUCCACAGCAGCAGACAUGGCUUUGCCUCGAUGGUCCUGAGAUCACAACAAAACUCUCUCCUUUGCCUGUGAGCAGGAAGUAUCUUCAUGUUCUCAGAAGUUGGAGAGUGACUGAACACAGCUAAGACUCAGAGAACCAGCAAAGCAUGGCAGAUACCCACCACCAUACCAGGGUGGGCAUUUGGGGAUGCCCAGUGGGGUGGGACAGUUGAGAUGUUGCAGAUAACAUGUUCUUUUGCCACUUCAUUUGUUAAUAAAAUAUUAAAAAUGCUCACUAUUU